GUCAGCCGAAAAGGCACCUUCUCACUACAGGUUGGAGUGUCUUUGUCAGUGCAAAGAGGCUUGUUGCUGGUGAUUCAGUCCUUUUCAUCUGGAAUGAAAAAAAUCAAUUACUCUUGGGCAUACGGCGAGCAAAUCGUCCACAGACUAUCAUGCCAUCAUCAGUUCUGUCAAGUGAUAGCAUGCACAUUGGUCUUCUUGCUGCUGCAGCUCAUGCAGCUGCCACAAACAGCCGCUUUACUAUAUUCUAUAAUCCUAGGGCAAGCCCAUCUGAAUUUGUCAUUCCUUUGGCCAAGUAUGUUAAAGCAGUGUAUCAUACACGAGUUUCUGUUGGCAUGCGAUUUAGAAUGCUGUUUGAGACAGAAGAAUCAAGUGUUCGUCGAUACAUGGGUACCAUUACUGGUAUUAGUGAUUUAGAUCCGGUCCGCUGGCCAAAUUCACACUGGCGUUCUGUGAAGGUUGGCUGGGAUGAGUCCACUGCAGGGGAGCGGCAGCCAAGAGUUUCCUUGUGGGAGAUUGAACCUUUGACAACAUUCCCGAUGUAUCCGUCUCCAUUUCCCUUAAGGUUGAGGCGUCCUUGGCCAACAGGCCUACCUUCUUUAUAUGGUCUCAAGGAUGGAGACAUGGGCAUUGGUUCUCCAUUCAUGUGGCUCCAAGGUGGCCUUGGGGAUCAAGGAAUGCAAUCUUUAAACUUCCAGGGGCUCGGUGUUACACCAUGGAUGCAACCUAGACUUGACGCAUCUAUUCCUGGUCUCCAACCAGAGUUGUACCAAGCAAUGACUUCUUCUGCAUUCCAGGAAAUGAGGACAAUGGACCCUUCAAAAUCUUCCCAAUCUCUGUUGCAGUUUCAGCAGACCUCAAAUGUCCCCAGUGCUAAUACAUCUGAGGUACAGAGGCAAGUAUUACCACCGCCUCAUCCUCAAAGCACCCUUCUUCAAAAUUUUCAAGAAAACCAAGUGCCUGGUCAGUCACAACUUCUGCAACAGCAGUUGCAUCGUUACCACCCAUACAGUGAUCAGCGGCAACAGCAACUGAAAAAUUUGCCUAUUCAGCAGUUACCGAGUGUCAUCUCUCCUUUGUCUAAUUUUGCAUCAGGUACCCAGUCUCAAUCUCCUCCCAUGCAAGCUCUUGCUACGCAUUGCCAGCAGCAGAGUUUUCCUGAACCUAUCAGGAAUCAUAUUUCUGGUUCUGAUGUUUCCCCUAUCCAGAGUCUACUAGGUUCGUUCUCCCAGGAUGGAACAUCCCAGUUACUUAACUUGAAUGGAUCCAACUCGGUUAUGUCUUCUGCAUCCAUCCUACCCAAGCAAAUGACAGUUGAACCUCAGCUUCCCUCUGCUGCUGCUCAGUGCGUAUUGCCUCAGGUGGAAAACUUGGGAACAUCGCAAUCAAAUGUGUCUGAACUUGCUGCUUUGCCUCCAUUUCCUGGAAGAGAACAUUCUGCAUACCAUGGUGCUGCUGAUCCUCAGAGCAAUCUUUUAUUUGGGAUUAACAUUGAUCCCUCUUCUCUUAUGCUGCAAAAUGGCAUGUCAAACCUGAGAAAUAUAGGCAACGUGAAUGAUUCAUUAUCAUUGCCAUUUUCUGCUUCAAAUUGUGGUGGUGCUACAGGCACUGAUUUCCCCUUAAGUUCAAACAUGACAACUUCGAGUUGUGUGGAUGAAUCAGGCUUCUUGCAGUCUUCUGAAAAUGUAGACCAAGCAAACACACCAACUGGAACCUUUGUUAAGGUUCACAAGUCAGGGUCCUUUGGCAGGUCACUGGACAUUUCUAAGUUCAGCAGCUAUGAUGAACUGCGUAGUGAGCUUGCUCGGAUGUUUGGCCUUGAAGGCCAACUAGAGGACCCUAAGACUCAGAGAUCAGGCUGGCAGCUUGUAUUUGUUGACCGGGAGAAUGAUGUUCUUCUUCUGGGUGAUGAUCCUUGGCAGGAGUUUGUGAACAAUGUGUGGUACAUAAAAAUACUAUCUCCACUAGAAGUGCAGCAAAUGGGCAAAGGUGUUAGUCCUUCUACUUCUGCCCCAGGUCACAAACUUUCAACCUCUGGCAACUCUUGUGAUAAUUAUGUGAGUCAACAAGAGUUGAGAAGUUCCAGAAAUGGCAUGGCAUCAAUGGGGUCUUUUCACUACUAG